CUUCGGACCAGUCUUCUACAUUGAGAAUUCACAUAAUAAUAACACUGUUUCGUUAGCCACCUCCCUCCUCCACCAGGCUACGGCGGAGAGACCAGAUAACCACUGAUCUCCGCCCCAGCCUGCACACAUUUCGUUCCAAGAAAUGGCCGAAGUAGCUCUGAACAACAAUAUAGUAUACCUUCAUGGAGACCUCGACCUUAAAAUCAUCGAAGCUCGAUCCUUGCCAAACAUGGACUUGGUCUCCGAACGCUUCCGCCGCUUAUGCACCGUAUUCGACGUCUGCCGCAAGCCCUUUGCGCCCCCUCGCAACGGCAAUCACAAACACCAUCACAAGAUCAUCACCAGCGAUCCUUACGUCAUCGUUUGCCUCGCCGGCGCCCGAGUUGCUCGUACCCGAAUUAUAAACAAUUCGCAGAAUCCGGUUUGGAAUGAAAAUUUCAAGAUCCCCUUAGCCCACCCAGUUUCACAGGUCGAGUUCGAGGUGAAAGACAACGACAUGUUCGGGGCGGACCUCAUCGGCGUCGCAUCCGUGCAUGCAAAGAGAAUCGCUGCCGGCGAGCUGAUCGACGAGUGGAUCCCCGUGAUCGGUCCAAACGGAAAACCCCAUAAACCCGACUCUGCUCUCCGGUUGCGAAUAUCAUUCACUCCUUGCUACGCGAAUCCCCUUUACCAGAAAGGCAUUUCGGAGAACUACGCGUUGAAAGAGAGUUACUUCCCCUUGCGCCAUGGGAGCAAAGUCACCCUUUAUCAAGACGCGCAUUUGGACGACGAGAUGAUGCCUGAAAUCGGGUUGGACGAGAAAAGACAUUACGAGCACGAGAAGUGUUGGGAGGAUAUAUGCCAUGCGAUAUUGGAGGCGCACCACAUGGUGUACAUCGUGGGGUGGUCGAUUUACCACAAGGUGAAGCUGGUGAGAGAGCCCACAAAGCCGUUGCCCAUCGGCGGGGACUUGACUUUGGGAGAGUUGCUCAAGUACAAGUCUCAAGAAGGUGUCAGAGUGCUGUUGUUGGUUUGGGAUGACAAGACUUCCCAUAGCAAGUUCUUCAUUAACACGACAGGAGUUAUGGAUACUCACGACGAGGAAACUCGGAGGUACUUCAAGCACUCCUCUGUCACGUGUGUGCUGGCCCCUCGUUACGCAAGCAGUAAGCUUAGCAUUUUCAAGCAACAGGUUGUUGGAACUAUUUAUACUCACCAUCAGAAAUGUGUGAUUGUGGACACACAAGGCCCUGGCAAUAACCGAAAGAUUACUGCGUUUAUUGGUGGUCUAGAUCUCUGCGACGGACGCUAUGAUACACCUGAACAUCGAUUAUUUCGUGAUCUUAAUACUGUGUUUAAGGAUGAUUAUCAUAAUCCAACAUUUGCUCCAGGAACUAAGGCCCCAAGACAACCAUGGCAUGAUUUGCACUGCAAAAUUGAGGGCCCUGCUGCUUAUGAUGUGCUCACAAACUUUGAGCAACGGUGGAGAAAAGCCACUAAGUGGUCGGAGCUUGGUCAGAGGUUUAAGAGAAUAUCACAUUGGCAUGAUGAUGCUCUCCUAAAGAUUGAGCGCAUUUCUUGGAUAAUUAGUCCUUCUGAUACUAUUCCAGGCGACCAUCCCUCAUUAUGGGUCUCCGAGGAAGAUGAUCCUGAGAACUGGCAUGUUCAGGUUUUCCGCUCUAUAGAUUCAGGAUCACUGAAAGGAUUUCCAAAAACUGCCCACGAAGCUGAGCAGCAAAAUCUCGUUUGUGCGAAAAAUUUGGUGAUAGAUAGAAGUAUUCAAAUGGCAUAUAUCCAGGCAAUUAGAUCUGCGCAGAACUUUAUAUACAUUGAAAAUCAAUACUUCCUCGGAUCAUCUUAUGCUUGGCCCUCCUAUAAAAACGCAGGUGCUGACAAUUUAAUCCCAAUGGAACUGGCACUAAAAAUUGCCAGUAAAAUAAGGGCAAAGGAGAGAUUCACUGUUUAUGUUGUUAUCCCAAUGUGGCCAGAGGGUGCUCCCAAUUCUGCUUCUGUACAAGAAAUCCUCUAUUGGCAGGGGCAGACAAUGCAAACAAUGUAUGAAAUCAUCGCUCGAGAAAUCAAGGCUGCUCAGCUUGAGAAUGCGCACCCAACAGACUAUUUGAACUUUUACUGUCUUGGCAACCGAGAGCCGCAUGCAGAAGAAUCAAAUGGAAGCGGCCAGUCCUCAUCAAGUGGAAGCUAUGUAUCAGCUUCACAAAAGGCGGGACGGUUUAUGAUUUAUGUACACGCGAAGGGAAUGGUAGUGGACGAUGAGUAUGUGAUACUGGGCUCUGCCAAUAUUAACCAGCGCUCUAUGGCCGGUUCAAGAGACACAGAGAUUGCCAUGGGUGCUUAUCAGCCCCACCACACCUGGGCUAGAAAGAAGGGCCGCCCGCAUGGCCAGGUAUACGGAUAUAGAAUGUCGUUAUGGGCAGAGCACUGGGGAAGGAUCGAUCAACGCUUCAAGGCUCCUGAAGGUUUGGAUUGUGUGAAGUACGUGAAUCGUGUUGCAGCAGAUAACUGGAUGAGAUACAUUGCUGAUCAUUUCACUCCAUUACAAGGUCAUAUUCUGAAAUAUCCACUCCAGGUAGAUGCUAACGGAAAGGUAAAACCCCUGGCUGGAUAUGAAACCUUCCCAGAUGUUGGUGGUAAGGUGCUCGGCGCUCCCACCAAUCUGCCUGAUGCUUUAACUACAUAAGACUUUUAACUCGAUUUUCGUGCUGUAGUUCUGUAGAGGUCUUUAUACCCGAAAGAAGUUGGGAAAUAGAGCAACUAUAAUUUACAACAGAAACUAUAAUUUACAACACAAGUGAGAAAGCUACUUAAAGUAGUAAUAUUUAUAUGUUAUUGCCAUGUAACUUCAGGUGGUAUUACCAAAUUUUAUUGUCCAAUUCUUUCGACAAAA